AUGUCCGGCGGGUUCUUUCGGGGUACUACCGCCGAUCAGGAUACUCGGUUUUCUAACAAGCAAGCCAAAUUGAUGAAAAGUCAGAAAUUCGCUCCGGAGCUGGAGAAUCUGGUGGAUGUGACUAAAGUGAAGAUGGAUGUUAUGAAGCCUUGGAUUGCGACUAGAGUCACUGAGCUUCUUGGUUUUGAAGAUGAAGUUCUGAUCAACUUUAUAUACGGCCUGCUUGAUGGGAAGGUAGUGAACGGUAAGGAGAUUCAGAUAUCGAUAACUGGAUUUAUGGAGAAGAAUACUGGCAAGUUCAUGAAAGAACUCUGGACACUUCUUCUAAGCGCACAGAAUAAUUCAAGCGGUGUUCCUCAGCAGUUUUUAGAUGCCAGGGAAGCUGAAGCAAAGAGUAAAGAAGCUGCAGCAAAGAAGAGACAGGAUGAAGCAAUAGAAAAAGCAGACCAGUUAGCAAGUGAAUUAGGGAAGAAGAGGGAGAGGGAACAUAAGAACCGUGAGCAUGAUAUAUCGAGGAAAACAGACAGCGGCGGUGAACCCAAGGUGACAAAUGGAAUGGGGGCAAAACCUUCAAGAGGUCGUCCGGAGGAUGAGAGAAGGGCUGAUGAGAAGAAUGGAGUAAAAGAAAGGAGAAGGGAUCUGAUAUCUCCACGUCGCAGUGAUGCAUCUCGCUCGCCCCGUAGAGGGUCACGUUCUCGGUCAAUCAGCAAAACAAACUCAGGCUCCAAUUCUGGCAGUGAACGGAAAUCUAGGAGCUUGUCUCGAUCAUCAGAUGCCUCCAUCUCACCCAGAAAGCAGAGAUCAUCGCAUGCAAGACGUAGAUCCCGGUCACGUUCCUUCCGUAGGUCUCAGUCUCCCCGGCGACGUAGAAUACAAUCUCCUCUUGGAAGCAGGUCACGGUCACCUAUUAGACGUCACAGGUCACCAUCACCACAAAGGCGCCGCCGUGUAUCUACACCUGAGAGACGCCGUCAAUCACCACCCCCUUCAAGGCGUCGCAGGUCUCCCUCGCCCUUUAGGCGGCGCAGGUCACCAUCUCCUCCUGCUAGGCGGCGCAGGUCACCAUCCCCACCUGCUAGGCGACGCAGGUCACCAUCACCACCUGCUAGGCGACGCAGGUCACCAUCCCCGCCUGCUAGGCGACGCAGGUCUCCAUUGCCCUUCAGGCGACGUAGGUCUCCUUCACCACCAACUAGGCGGCGCAGGUCUCCAUCUCCACUAUACAGGCGUAACAGGUCACGGUCACCACCGGCGGCAAAGCGGGAAAGGUCUGACUCACCAGGGAGGUCUUCGUCACCAGUGGCUAAGCGCAUGGCACCUGCUGGACAAAGGUUGCCCUCGCCUCCUGCAGGGCCAAGAUUUCCUUCACCACCCCCUAGGCGUCCAGGAUCACCUUCACCAAUUAGGGUAGAAGGACAUCGUUCAGCCAAUCAGCGUAGAUCACCAUCCGCCAGUUCAGUGUCCCCUCCUGGUAGGAAGAAUGGGUUACCAUCUCCACCUGUCAGAAGACGCAGUCCACCGACUCCUGCCAAAGAGCGAGGCUCCCUGUCACCCGCUAGACGUUCUGAAGCAGAUUCGCCUUCACAUGUCAGGCAGGGUGGAUCUGUGUCACCUGUUAGGGGUCGAGGUAGAUCUUCUCCUUCAUCUCGUCAUCAGAGAGCAGUACGCUCUCCUGUUCAGCGCAGAUCACCAGCACCUGUUAACCGGCGAAGUCGAAGAUUUCCAUCUGCUUCACGAUCACCUGAUGAUAGCCGUAGGAGACGAUCACCAUCUUCGAGCAGAUCUUUGUCUAGGUCGCCCGCAGCUCCUGUUCGUCGUAGAUCUCCUUCACCAAGUGGAAGAAGAAACCGGAGGGACAGAAGAUCUCCUGGACAUCCAUCUGAAGAACUAGAUAGAGAGGGCAUGGAUAAAAAAUCAGUGCAAGAAGUUGGGCGUGUAGACCAUGUGACGGAGCAUAAGGAAUCCGCUAGAGUAGAGAAUUCAGAAGGAAUGAGACAGGCUCCUUCAAAUAAAGUGAAAGACAGUGAGCAAGUUGAGAAAGAGGAUAAAAAGAGAAGAAAGCAUAAAAGGUCUGAGAGGGAAGGAGGAUCCUCAGAUGAUAAUGGCAGCUCUGAUUCUGACCUGGAAGAUAGGAAGGAGGCUAAAAGGAGGAGGAAGGAGGAGAAGAAAGGGAGAAAGGAGGAGAAGAAACGCAGGCGUGAGGAGAGGCGUCGUAAAAGGGAAGAACGUCAUGGUGAGAAGCUGAAACAUAAGAAUCGUGAUCAUUCUGAUUCUUCGGAGGGCGAAGCUGAGACCCGUCCUAAGAACAAAAGAGGGGAGGAGGAAUCAGAUCCAAAGAGGCUUGAGAUUGAGCUGCGAAACAAAGCAUUGGAGUCAUUGAAACAAAAUUGGACAAGUGACAAUUACUCUGCUAUUCUUGAGUGCAGACUUUAUGCAGACAUUCAUGGCUGGUCUUCUGAUGAGUAUAGUGUCAACAGUCAAGUACAAGACUUGCUUAAGAAAGUUGCUAUUUUGCGGAUCCUCUCUGAACUCAGUCAGGUUGAGUACACAAUCUCUUAA